AGAAAAACAAAAAAUGAAACAUUGAUCAGAUCUUACCCGGUUCUCUCUCGUUCACUGCGACAACAUACCACAAUCCGCCACUCUUCUUUCCCUUUGGUUUCAAACCAAAGUCCUCAAAAUCCCAUGUUUCAUCCUCGUCAUUGCACAACAUGUCUUCUUCUUCUCUUCCUCCUCGUACUUUCGGACUUUUCCAUGUCCCAAUCACAAUCUCCUUGGGCGGCCAAGAAAAAACGCAUGAAAGAGAAAGUUCGCAAUAUGUUUUACCACGCGUAUGACAACUAUAUGACACAUGCAUUUCCGCAUGACGAGCUUAAACCUAUCUCUAAAACUUUCACCAAUUCCCUGAGUGAGCUGGGAAAUUUGAAGCUUGAACACUUGCCUCAAGACUAUAAUGGCUCUGCGCUUACACUUAUUGAAUCGCUGUCUAGCCUUGUUAUUAUGGGAAAUAGCACUGAAUUUGAGAGGGCAGUGCUUUGGCUUUCAGAAAAUCUGACAUUUGAUGUUGAUGCACGCAUAAAUCUUUUUGAGUGCAACAUAAGAGUUCUUGGAGGACUUGUCUCUGCUCAUUUACUUGCAUCUGAUUCUUCAAAGAAGUUGUUACAAGGGGCUUACAACAAUCAGCUGCUAGUUCUGGCUGAAGAUUUAGGGAAACGCUUUCUACCGGCAUUUAAUACACCUACUGGAUUGCCAUAUGCAUGGAUUAACUUAAAGUAUGGAGUAAUGGAGAAUGAGACUACAGAAACAAGCACUUCAGGGUGUGGUUCCCUGAUUCUUGAAAUGGGUGCUUUAUCAAAAGUGACUGGUGACCCCAUAUACGAAUCAGUAGCUUUACGUGCUCUUCGCAAGCUAUGGAGUAUGCAGAGCUCAUUAAAACUAUUUGGAACCACAUUGGACGUGGCAACUGGGCAAUGGAUCGAAUAUUCAUCAGGAAUUGGAGCUGGGGUUGAUUCCUUCUACGAGUAUCUACUCAAAGCCCAUAUCCUUUUUGGGAAGGAGGACUUUUGGAAGAUGUUUCACUCUGCUUAUGUUGCCGUGCAGAAGUAUUUCAGACACGGUUCUUGGUACCAUGAAGCUGAUAUGAGGACUGGAAGAGCAACUUAUUGGCAGCUUACAAGCCUUCAAGCAUUUUGGCCUGGCCUACAGGUUCUUAUUGGGGAUGUUAUGGCUGCUAAUUCCUCUCACCGUGAGUUCUUCCACGUGUGGAAGAGAUACGGAGUGCUACCAGAGAGGUAUUUGCUGGACCACCAGAUGAUUCAUCCUACGGAAAAAUAUUAUCCCUUACGUCCUGAAUUGGCUGAGUCAACAUUCUACUUAUAUCAAGCUACUAAAGAUCCAUGGUAUAUUGAAGUCGGUGAAUCAAUAGUGAAUUCCCUUAAUUUAUACACCAAAGUUAAGGGUGGUUUUGCAAGCAUUAAGGAUGUGACAACUAUGCAGUUGGAAGAUCAUCAGCAUAGUUUUUUUCUUGCUGAAACGUGCAAAUAUUUAUAUCUUCUGUUUGACGAUUCGUUUGUACAUGAGAAUAAUUACGUAUUUACAACAGAAGGUCAUCCUCUUCCGGUACUCAGCAAUUGGCAUGAAGAGCUUCCAGAAGCUUAUGUUCCAACUAAUUGGACUUUUGUGAAGAGGCAACCAAGAGUGAGUCGAAUCAGCGCAAUGUCUCUGCAAGUGUGUCCUGCUUUGAAUUUGAAGUCAGGUCAACAUAUUGAGAGUGCUUGCCACAUCCCCGAUGCUCGUAGUGACUUUAGGUGUUUGACAGAUGAAGAUUGUGGAGUUGAUGCCACUACAUGCAGAAGAAGAUCAUGCAGCAUGGCUGGUUUUUGUGGGUUAUGGCUCUUCAUAUGAUGCCAUGUUUACAGGAAUUCUUUUAGGAUCAGAAACCAUAAGUGAAAAUUUCAUUAUACAAAAAAUAAAUGCAAUGGUGUGGCAUCUUUGUCAACCAUUAAUGUUAGAGGAUUAGAGUAAAUUGGUAGGUAAACGUUUGACCAGUUUUGUUUAGAAAGGGUAUUAGCUUUUAUUCUGAGGCAUGGUUUCACAGAAGUAAAGAUGGGAGAAACAUGAUUUCAUUGUAUUUUGCCAUUACACAUGCCUUAAUUUGAUGCAGUGAAAAUUUGUAUUUACUUCCUUA